UCGAUUGCCGGGAACUGAUGUAUGGCCAGACUGAUUAAUCGAUCCUAGAAAGACGCAGUGAAGUGCAGUGAUGGCGCUCAGAAGGGCUCUGCAUUUCGUUUUUAAAGUCGGAGACAGGAGCAAGACAGCUGUCUUUUACAGGGAUGUCCUCGGUAUGAAGAUUUUACGCCAUGAGGAAUUUGAGGAGGGCUGUAAGGCAACGUGUAAUGGACCUUAUGAUGGAAAAUGGAGUAAAACCAUGGUGGGCUUCGGUCCAGAGGAUGAUCACUUUGUAGCAGAGCUGACCUACAAUUAUGGAGUGGGAGAAUACAGACUUGGCAAUGACUUUUUGGGUUUCACCAUACAGUCGAGUCAAGCUGUCAGUAAUGCCAGAAAGAUAGGCUGGCCUCUUAAGGAGGUUGGGGAAGCUCUGUACUUGGCAGAAGCUCCUGGGGGAUAUCCAUUCUACCUGCUGGAUAAAGAUCAGCCAGACUGUGACCCGGUUCAGAAAAUCACCUUGGCCGUGUCGGACCUGCAGCGUUCUGUACACUACUGGUCCUCGCUGCUGGGGAUGAAAGUGAUGGAGAAAAGUGAGGAGAAGAAAAGUGUACUAAUGGGAUUCUCAGACAGUCAGUGUAAACUGGAGCUACAGGAUAUCAGGGCUCCUGUGGAUCAUGCAACUGCUUUUGGCAGGAUUGCAUUCUCUUGCCCGCGAGAGCAGUUACCUGAAAUUGAGGCUCUGAUUAAAAAGGAAAACCAGAAGAUCCUCACGCCCCUCGUCAGCCUGGACACUCCGGGGAAGGCCACUGUGGAAGUGGUCAUCCUGGCUGAUCCUGAUGGACAUGAGAUCUGCUUUGUGGGAGAUGAAGCUUUUCGCCAGCUAUCUGCCUUUGACCCCAGUGGAAAUGAACUGCUUGAUAAGGCCAUGGCUGCUGAUAAGAGUGACGAAUGGUUUGCGAAACACAAAAAGCAGAAAGCAUCAGCAUGAAGGCUUUCAGAGUCUUUUAUUUUCUGCAGGAAAGUCAUAAUAGCAAAUGAAUGGUUUAUUUCUCCUUUUCAGUUCAUUGUAAUAUAUUUGUUUGUCUGGCUUUAUAUGUUUGGGUUGAUUAGAAGCAUCAUGUCCACACGGAGAUUUAAGUUUGAUUUGUUCAUAAAAUUAUUCUAGAAAUAUAAAAAAAUAUAAAGUGCUAAAAUCUCAAAACACUUGUUCUGCUGGCUUGAAUAAAUUUUGCACCCUGAUUACAAAUUUUAAAGUGUACUCAUUGUGAGAGGAAGCUGAAGUAUUAAUAUACACUCAGUAGCUACACUCACAGGCCUUUUCAGAAGGUAAGCCAAUUAUACGGGCAAGUUUGCAUACAUUUACAUGUUGUUUGUGUAGUGGACCAUUCACACACAGCAGCAGUUACUCUGAGAUGAUUGUGUGUGUGCGCGUGUGCACACAUGCUGGUCUGAGUGUAUCAAGCUUCUGGUGCACCUUAUAUGUGUAUUAGUCCAUCCUCCAGUCCUUACUAGUGGACUGUUCUCCACACAGCAGUGACACUCGGAGGGGGAAAACCCAUUACACACACACAGAAUAUGGAUUUAAUAAUAAGAAAAUAAUAAUAAUAUCAUCUUAUAGCUCUUGCUCACUUCUCAAAUCCGAUUGGUUAGAAGGUGGGGAUUAGUUUUCUGUAACAGCGACUCUGACCACAAUGGCAGUGAGAUCACAGGUUUAUGCCCACCUUCUAAAACGUUAGCAUUUCUAUAGUAACAGCUAAUUCACAGGGACUCGUAUGGAGGACGUGCCCGCAUAAUAUAUCACUAAUAUUAAACUGAAUUAAUAAAGCAUGCGCUAUUCAACAAGGAGAAAUCUGUAAAUGUUGAUAUGGUGAAGAUUUCCGUUUGGAGAUGUUUACACAGCAUUUAUGGAAGAAGUCUUCAGUGCAAGCACUCUGCAACAGUUUUCACUUUACAAGACAAAGGAAAAAAGAGGCAGGAGAAAUGACUCAUUAUAGCUGUUAUAAUAAAAGGGAUUAGAGGAAAUGUUAAAUGUUUCUCAUUAUGCAUGUCAUUGAUGUACCCUUUAUUAAGAAAUAAAACAAAUAUCAUUGUUGACACA